UGGAAGUUCCAGUUUCUCACGGUAGGUGAAUCUUUGACCCAAUCCCCGCUGCCCAUUUAUUCUUCUCCUUUAUAUUCCAUUCAAUUGCUAUAUUACGCCUCCCACAAUCUUCCUUCCUUCUCUCAACGUUUUUUUCUCCACAAUGGUGGGAGCUUUCUUCCUUGUGGGUACAACACCGGUGGUGGACUCAUCGCCGGUUACCAAUAUGAGUCUCACAACUGGUGGACAUUUGGUUCUGCCCACCAAAUCUAAGCUUAAGAAUCAUUUGGCCGUAUCAUCAUCGGUGAGUUCGUUCGUGAAUUCCGGCGGCCAGUGGCGGCUCUCCGCCGUUGGUGGCCACCGGAGGAAUCUACGGAGGAAACGCAGGCUUGUUAUUUCUAAUGAAUUUGCAGGGCAGUAUGAGGAUAGUUUUGAUGAUGUGAAAAUGCAAAUACAGAAUUACUUCACAUUCAAAGCUGUGAAGACAGUUCUUAAUCAGCUUUAUGAGAUGAAUCCUACCCAAUACAGAUGGUUUUAUGAUUUUGUUGUGAAUCACAAGCCUGGAGAUGGGAAGCGUUUCAUCCGCACCCUCGUAAAGGAGAAGCAGGAUUUGGCUGAGAGAGUGAUGGUAACGAGGCUUCAUCUCUAUAACAAAUGGGUUAAGAAAUGUGAUCAUGCUGAAAUAUACAAAGAGAUAUCUGAUGAGAACUUAGAGUUGAUGCGAGAGCGACUAAUGGAGACUGUGAUAUGGCCUUCAGAUGAGUAGAGGUUUUAGAAGAUUGGCAGACUAGGAGCUACUACAUUGUUUUGUUCUCUUUUCUUUUCCUGUGGUUUCAUUCUUAUUCAUAUUGUUUACACCAACUAAUAAGAAUUCUUACGUCCAAUAUUACAAAAACUGUGAAUGUAUGUAUCGAUCUUAUUGAACAUGUUGCUAUCGACCCACGAGACAUUUUGGAUGA